ACCUGCAAAGUCGUUCACUCAGCUUCUAGACAUCAGUCCUCCUCCUCAAGCUUCCAACUUUCCCCUCAACUCUUGGCCCUUUUGCCCAUCCUUGUCACCGAAUUCCUCGUUCUGUUCAUAGAUCAGAAUAAUGUCUCUGACAUUUAAGAGAGCAAGACAUGCAGCUUUCCUUCUCGGUUUAUUGUUGGUCCGCUUGAAUGAAGCGACUGCGACGGUAUUCCAGGUUGGGGGCUCAGAAGGAUGGACUGUCCCCAAGGAUCCCUCGACGCAGCCCUACAACCAGUGGGCGGAGAAGAACAGAUUCCAGAUAGGCGAUUCUCUGCUGUUUGUCUACAAAGCAGGCAGCGACUCUGUGCUUCAAGUAAGCAAGGAUGACUACAGCAACUGCAACACAGCAGCAGCAAUCGCCUCCUUCACUGAUGGUCGCACCACGUUCACCUUCAACCAGUCGGGCCCUUACUACUUCAUCAGCGGAGUCGAGGACAACUGCAAGAACAAUGAGAAGCUCGUGGUCAUAGUGAUGGCUGACAGAACCAAGAAACCCUCCACUCAACCACCAGUCUCGCCUCCUGCUGCAUCGCCUCCUGCUACUUCACCUCCUGUUGAGUCACCUCCUGCUCCUUCAGGUGUUGCUGCUCCUGCCCCUGAAGCUAGCAGCCCUCCAGCUUCGCCGCCAACUGUGGAAGUGCCUCCUUCUGGCAAUGGCGUCUCUUCUAUCAAAAAAAGCAGCAAACUGGCGGCAAUUCUCCCAGUCUUUUUGGGCCCUCUUGUUCUUAGUGUUAUGUGAGAGUGGGAGUGGCUGUGAUAGGAGUCCUGGAAUCCUUUCAUUCUUAUUGUCAGUUUUUGCUUGUUUGUGAUGGAUGAUGGUUGAGCCUUUGUGUCUGUAUUAUUCUUUGAUCUUGUGCCAUUUAUAUCUGGUUUGAUCUUUUUCCUUUUUGAAUGUCUAUCCUCCUUCUAGCGGGAUUGCUGAUGUAAUAUACCAUACAGAUUGACUGAUUGAUUGUACUUAAAUUGUUCAAUAAAAUGUAAGAACGUCUAUUGUUUUAUUAA